CUCAAGCAAUUAGACCCGUCGCAAGUACCAUCGUUGUUGCAACCUUCAAUAACAUUCAUCGCCGUGGAUCGCGGAAGCACCAGAAUCACGGGACCGUUCCGGACUCUUCUCAAACCACUUCUUGACCAGUUCAGCCUGCCGCGUUUAUUGCCAAACGAGGUCGUAUUGCCAUGCCUGUCACAACAGCUGCCCGCUAUCCAAAGGCACUUCCCCAGCACCAGAGUCCUUCUACACGAUGCCUUCACGGCUCACGCUCAGGCUUCGCUGCGGACGGUCAACAUCCCCAGCGAGAUGAGAUUUGCGUACAACAUGAAGUUUGCCCUAUCUUGUACGAUUAGCUCCGUUCUGCGGACGAUCACGCCGUGGACGACUUGUCUGGGUCCCGAAAUCUCAGCUGUCAUCGAGGAUGCCGUCACCGAAAAUACCUGGGUCUGCAAAGAAGUUGCUGCCAUAACCGGGUCUCAAAAAGACUUUAGCGCCGCGAAAAACCUCUCAUGCAUAUUGAGAGAAGACCUCGAACCCCGGGCUUUGGCAUUGGGCCAGACUCUGAUCGUCGUGGCCGCGCUCGCCGAGAAGCCCGUCGGUAGCUCCGAAUGUUUGGCAGCUUUGACGUUUGGUCUUCGUAGCAGCGGACAGAAGAAGAAGUGGCUUCGAGAUUACGCAUCAAAGCUCAUCCACGCCGUGCUGACUCCCGCCCUAGAGAGUGGCGUCUGUCUCGAAGCUCAUGGCCAAAACUCGCUCGUCCGCGUCGAUAAGAGAACGAAAGCCAUCGUCGGCUUCUGCUUCCGAGAUUUUGGCUCCGUGAAAUGCCACACGCCGACUUUGCGAAACCGCGGCCAUCAAUUGCUGACCGUUCUUCCCGCGUGCUGGAUCGAAACCGAUGUUGAAGAAGAGGGCUGGGACACACUCCAGCACACCAUGAUACACAAUCACCUCCAGCUCUUGAUCCGCGGACUCAAUCUCCACCCGAUCGAGGCAUGGCCGGUUAUUCGCCGCCAGCUUGAC